UCGACUGGACAGUUCUUGCAUAGCCGGCAUUUCUGAUCGAAGCUGUAUCUACAAAACGUCGACAAAAAUGCUUGCGGAUACGCUUUUAAUCGUUUUCAUAUCCAUAUGUACAGCCUUGUUAGCUGAAGGCAUCACGUGGCUGCUGGUGUACAGAACAGAGAAGUACCAGAAACUCAAAUCUGAAGUGGAAAAACAGAGCAAGAAAUUGGAAAAGAGAAAGGAAGCCAUAGGUGAAGCAAUUGACAAAACACAAAAGCGGAAACUAGAAAAACAGGAAGAAAAGUUGAAGAACAACAACAGAGACUUGUCCCUGGUAAAGAUGAAGUCCAUGUUUGCCAUUGGGUUUUGCUUCACUGCCCUCAUGAGCAUGUUCAACUCCAUAUUUGAUGGGCGUGUGGUUGCCAAGCUGCCGUUCCUGCCCUUCUCCCUGCUGCAGGGCCUGUCUCAUCGGAACCUGAUGGGGGAGGACUACACGGACUGUUCCUUCAUCUUCCUCUACAUCCUCUGUACCAUGUCCAUCAGACAGAACAUCCAGAAGAUGCUGGGAUUCGCUCCCUCAAGAGCGGCCAAUAAGCAAGCAGGAGGGUUCCUGGGCCCCCCUCCCCAACCUCCCAAGUAGAGUCGUCCAGAGCUCUAGCCAGCUCGAAACUUUAGAAAUUGGCCAAAAUAAAGGAAAUAGUAUACCUGGGGAG